AUGGCCGAAUCCAACGAGAAGCGCUUCUUUGCGUAUCCCCGAGCAGUAGAGGGCCCAGAAAUCCCCUAUAAGAAAUCCGAUGAUAAGAAUCCUGUGUUUUCCGGAUUCCUCUUGAUGAUUGGGGCAUGGCUUGUAUCCAAGCUCGACUUCAUCCAGAGAAUUUUAUGGAGCAAUGCUGGUUUUAACGGUCUACGAAAACUUGAUCUCCAGGAUUAUACAGAACGCUGGGAUCCCCUUGUGGUUCCAGUUGGAAACUCCAAACCGGGAUCUUACGUUCCUGAACUGAGUCCGUCGUCAUUCAAACCUCUACCAGAGAAUAUCCCUGGCCGAUACUAUUCUGUUGCCGAGUACCAUGCCAAGUACCUCUCUGGUGAACUUACCCCUCUCGCUGUAGCAGAGUCUCUGCUCCCUCUCAUUCGCCGAGAUAUCUCUCCUUCGUCACCACACUCUCUAUCAUUUAUCUCCACCAAAGUAGAUGCCGUCUUGUCUGCAGCCAAAAAGUCGACGGCUCGCUAUCAAGCCGGCCAGCCUCUAGGCAUACUAGACGGAGUCCCCACAGCCGUCAAAGACGAAUCAGAUGUUGCUGGGUACCGGACAACAUACGGACGAGCCCCAAAUGAUUCUAUCUUUCAAAUUGCUGAAAGUUCGAGUUGGCCAGUUCAAAAACUACUAGACAGCGGAGCAAUCCUUUUGGGCAAGCUAAACAUGCAUGAACUUGGUGCCGAUACCACAAAUAACAAUCCGAAUUGGGGCACACCGCGUAACCCAUACUGUAGCCAAUACUACACCGGAGGCUCUUCGGGCGGCGCUGCAUAUGCCGUUUCUGCAGGCUUGGUUCCUCUAGCUCUAGGUGCUGAUGGUGGUGGGAGCAUUCGCAUUCCGGCUUCUUUCUGUGGUGUUUACGGGUUGAAGCCCAGUCAUGGACGAUUAGAAGACACGGGAAGCACAGUGACAGUUACUGGUCCCCUUGCGGCAUCUAUGACAGAUCUCGAAGCCGCUUACCGUGUCCUCGGUACACCAGACCCUUCUGACCCAUACUCUUCGCUCUUCACGCCCCCAAACCCACUCACGCCCUCGCUCAAUGGUCCAAAGGUUAUCGGCGUGUACAAAGACUGGUUUUCGCGCGCCGAGCCUUCUGUACGCGACCUGUGCCAACAGGCUCUCAAUUUCUACCGCGAUAAACUCUCCUAUACCAUCGUCGAUAUUUCCAUCCCCUACGUCCCCGAAGGCCAACUAGGCCAUGCCUUCACCAUCCUCUCUGAAAUGGCCGUCCGCGCCCGCAACCAAUGCCACGACAGGAAAGAUUGGCUCUCUAGUCUCAACCCGGCAAAUAAAGUACUCCUUGCAGUAGGAGCCCAGACUCCUGCCCAAGACUACAUUCUAGCGCAGCAGCUACGCAAUAUGCUCAUGCAACAUCUUGCGUUUUUGUUCAAGACAUAUCCUGGGAUGAUCAUCGUCACACCGACAACCCCUAUGCCAGGGUGGCCUAUCGGUUCUGCGUCAGACUUGAAGCAUGGCGUUACUGAUGGAAAUACCAGUAUCAGAAACAUGGAAUAUGUAUGGUUGGCGAACUUCUGUGGCAAUCCAGCCAUCAGCUGCCCCGUCGGAUACGUGGCUCCUGCGAAAGGGAAAGGAGAAGGCAUGGUUCCAGUGGGAUUGAUGGGAAUGGGUGACUGGGGAGCGGAGGAUCAAUUGCUAGAAUGGGGAAGAGAAGCGGAAGGAUACUUAAACGAAGCUUAUGAAGGUGGACGGAAGAGGCCCGCGGCUUGGGUGGAUGUUUUCGAGGGUGCUAAGAAGACGAUGGUGGAAGACGGUACUGGCAAGUAA